AUGGUUGGUGCUGCUGUUGCAAGAGUAAUGAUUCAGAGAUCACCCAAAGAACAAUUCACACUUACUGGAAACCUUGAAAAUGCAGAAAAAUCAGAGAAUUUAAUCAAUUGGCGCUACCCUCUCCAACUCAAGAACGAAUCUUAUCAAGUUUAUGAAGAAAACACCAACUGGUUGCCAUAUGAAACAAUUUCUCAAUAA